UCACGUGACAGCGCGCUGAGUGGUGAGGCCCCGCCCGGCCCGCCGAGGAGGCCUGGCCGCGACCCGGGUCGCGCUCGCUGAGGAGCCGCCCGGUUGUCCCCGCGGCCGCUUCCUUGGGUACGGGUUUUCCACCCCGUUGCUCCUGCGGGCUCCAGGCGCGCCGAUUUGCGGGGAGUGGCCUCAAGAUGGACGAAGACGGUGGCGGUGAGGGCGGCAGCGUCCCUGAAGACCUGUCAUUAGAAGAGAGAGAAGAACUUUUGGAUAUUCGUCGAAGAAAAAAGGAACUUAUUGAUGACAUUGAGAGGCUGAAAUAUGAAAUUGCAGAAGUGAUGACAGAGAUUGACAACCUGACUUCUGUGGAGGAGAGCAAAACUACUCAGAGGAAUAAGCAGAUAGCCAUGGGAAGAAAGAAAUUCAACAUGGACCCCAAAAAGGGCAUUCAGUUCCUUAUUGAGAAUGACCUGCUGCAGAGCUCCCCAGAAGAUGUUGCCCAGUUCCUGUACAAAGGAGAGGGCCUGAAUAAGACUGUCAUUGGAGACUACCUAGGGGAGAGGGAUGACUUUAAUAUCAAAGUUCUUCAGGCCUUUGUUGAACUGCAUGAGUUUGCUGAUCUCAACCUCGUCCAGGCCUUAAGGCAGUUCCUGUGGAGCUUCAGACUUCCUGGAGAGGCGCAGAAAAUCGACCGCAUGAUGGAGGCCUUUGCAUCUCGCUACUGCUUGUGCAAUCCUGGGGUCUUCCAGUCCACAGACACAUGCUAUGUGCUAUCCUUCGCAAUCAUCAUGCUCAACACCAGCCUGCACAACCACAAUGUGCGGGACAAACCCACUGCAGAGCGGUUCAUCACCAUGAACCGUGGCAUCAAUGAGGGCGGGGAUCUUCCGGAGGAGCUACUGAAGAAUUUAUAUGAAAGCAUCAAGAAUGAGCCAUUUAAGAUCCCAGAGGAUGAUGGGAAUGAUUUGACACACACGUUCUUCAAUCCGGACCGGGAAGGCUGGCUGCUGAAGCUGGGAGGCCGUGUGAAGACCUGGAAGCGGCGCUGGUUCAUCCUUACGGAUAACUGCCUCUACUACUUCGAGUACACCACGGACAAGGAACCCAGGGGCAUCAUCCCACUGGAGAACCUCAGCAUCAGGGAGGUGGAGGACCCGAGGAAACCGAACUGCUUUGAGCUGUACAACCCCAGUCACAAAGGGCAGGUAAUUAAAGCCUGCAAGACAGAGGCUGACGGCCGAGUGGUGGAGGGGAACCACGUGGUGUACCGGAUCUCUGCGCCUAGUCCAGAGGAGAAGGAAGAGUGGAUGAAGUCCAUCAAAGCAAGCAUCAGUAGGGACCCAUUCUAUGACAUGCUGGCCACAAGGAAAAGGAGAAUUGCCAAUAAGAAGUAGGUAAGGGCCAAGCCACAGACCCACUGCAGAGGCCCCGGCCAGCAGGACAGCAGGACCAGGAGGCAGUGUGGUGCCCACGGGUCCCCCAGAACAGCCAGCUGAGAC